AUGAGUGUUCCUCCGGUGAUUCGUCCGCCAAGUCCCCUCGCGGGAUCGAAUGGCAUCUCUUUCCAAAUUCAGAUCGGCUUGAGCCGCGAGCCGGUUAUGCUGGAUUCCUGUGACUUGAGCCUCGCGCAAGUCCGGGAGAUGGCAUGCUCCAUCGUUGACCAGAAGUUCCCGGAGUGUGGCUUCUACGGCAUGUAUGAGAAGAUCCUGCUGUUCCGCCAUGAGCCGGGCUCGGAGAACAUCCUGCAGCUGGUGCGCUGUGCCUCGGACAUCCAGGAGGGAGACCUGGUGGAGGUGGUGCUCUCAGCCUCUGCCACAGUGGAGGACUUUCAGAUCCGGCCACAUGCUCUCUUUGUGCACUCGUACCGAGCGCCGGCCUUCUGCGACCACUGUGGAGAGAUGCUGUGGGGCCUGGUCCGACAGGGCCUCAAGUGUGAAGGCUGUGGGCUGAACUACCACAAGCGCUGUGCCUUCAAGAUCCCCAACAACUGCAGUGGGAUCCGCAAGCGUAGGCUGUCCAACGUGUCCCUCACUGGCCUGACCCACACCCGCUCCAUCUCUGCUGAACCCUCCCCCACCGCCUCUGAUGACGCCUUACUGUCUCCAGUGAGCCCCAGCAUAGAGAAGACCGCCCCUGAAUUUCCCGGAAGAGGAAGGUCCAACUCCCAGUCGUACAUUGGGCGUCCCAUCGAGCUGGACAAGAUCCUGAUGUCCAAAGUCAAAGUGCCACAUACAUUCGUCAUCCACUCCUACACACGCCCCACCGUCUGCCAGCACUGCAAGAAGCUACUGAAGGGCCUUUUCCGACAGGGGCUACAGUGCAAAGAUUGCAAAUUUAACUGCCAUAAACGCUGUGCGCCCAAAGUGCCAAACAACUGCCUUGGAGAGGUGUCCCGAAAUGGAGACCUGCUGAGCCCUGGUGCGGAGGCCGACAUAGUGAUGGAGGAGGGUGAUCUGGACCUGGAUGGGGACCGUCACAGCCCCCUCAUGGACGAUCUGGAGGAGGCGCUGACCCCCGACCACCCCACCACCCUGCUGCUGGACGCCACCCACGGGGACAUGGCCGACCUCCAGGACAACGACCCCGACGACCCCAACCGCAUCAUCAGCCCAUCGACCAGUAACAACAUCCCGCUCAUGAGGGUGGUUCAGUCGGUCAAGCACACCAAGAGGAAAAGCAGUAAUGUGCUGAAGGAGGGCUGGCUCGUCCACUUCACCAGCAAGGACAGCCUGCGUAAAAGACACUACUGGAGGCUGGACAGCAAGAGCAUCACCUUGUUUCAAAAUGAAACCGGAAGCAAAUACUACAAGGAAAUCCCGCUGUCGGAGGUGCUGUCUCUGGAGCCGGCCAAGACGCUGGAGCUGCUCCCGGAGGGCUCCAACCCGCACUGCUUCGAGAUCACCACCGCCACGCUGGUCUACUUCGUGGGCGAGCAGCUGCUGAUGCGCGGGGAAAGCGGUGGCGGCGGCGGGAUGGCGGAUUUCCACCUCGGCAGCAUGCUGGUGAGCGGCACCGGGCAGGACGUGGCCCGCAUGUGGGAGAUGGCCAUCCAGCACGCCCUCAUGCCCGUCAUCGCCAAGGGCCUGUCGCAUGGCAACCGCCACAGCCAACACAAAGAUGUGUCUGUCAGCAUCUCAGUGUCCAACUGCCAGGUCCAGGAGAAUGUGGACAUCAGUUCCAUUUAUCAAAUAUUUCCAGACGAAGUCCUCGGUUCUGGGCAGUUUGGAAUUGUGUAUGGAGGGAAGCAUAGGAAGACUGGGCGAGACGUGGCUAUCAAGAUCAUUGAUAAGCUGCGCUUCCCCACCAAACAGGAGAGCCAGCUGCGUAACGAGGUGGCCAUUCUACAGAAUCUGCAUCACCCUGGAGUGGUGAACCUGGAGUGCAUGUUUGAGACACCGGAGCGCGUGUUUGUCGUCAUGGAGAAGCUCCAUGGAGACAUGCUGGAGAUGAUCCUGUCCAGUGAGAAGGGGAGGCUGCCCGAACGCAUCACCAAGUUCCUGGUCACUCAGAUCCUGGUGGCUCUGCGACAUCUCCAUUUCAAGAACAUAGUGCACUGCGACCUCAAGCCAGAGAACGUCCUAUUGGCAUCAGCCGACUCCUUCCCACAAGUUAAGCUGUGCGAUUUCGGCUUCGCCCGCAUCAUCGGCGAGAAGUCAUUCCGGCGGUCGGUAGUGGGCACGCCGGCGUACCUGGCUCCCGAGGUGCUGCGCAACAAGGGCUACAACCGCUCGCUGGACAUGUGGUCGGUGGGCGUCAUCGUCUACGUCAGCCUGUCCGGAACCUUCCCCUUCAACGAGGACGAGGACAUCCAUGACCAGAUCCAGAACGCCGCCUUCAUGUACCCGCCCAACCCCUGGAAGAAGGUGUCCCAGGAGGCAAUUGACCUCAUUAAUAACCUUCUGCAAGUCAAGAUGAGGAAGCGGUACAGCGUGGACAAGUCCCUCAGCCAUCCCUGGCUUCAGGACUAUCAGAUGUGGCUGGACCUGCGGGGCCUGGAGUACC